GCAGUUUCAUGGGACAUGAUUCUUUCCCCAAGCAGUUAACAUCAGCAAUUUAUUAUUUGACAACUUGAUUUUUUUUUUUUUCGUCAUGUGGUUAAAAAAUGCUGGGGUGCUUCACGAAUGAUUUACUGCUCAGGACUCUUUGCCUUGUUGCUGAUCAUACUGGAGUGGAUUCGGCCUGGCCUGCCCUCCCCUUUGCGGCCCAUCUGUGAUCUGCGUGUUCUCAACCACUUCAUUAAAGAGGCACGAGAUGCUGAGGCUGCUAUGAGGCUUUGUAAAGAGGAAUGCAGUAUGGCUGUGCCUCUCACAGUUCCUCUAACCACAGUGGACUUUGAUGUGUGGGAAAAGAAAAAUACAGAGGAGCAGGCUCAAGAAGUCCAAACCGGACUAUGGCUGUUAAAUGUCGCCAUCAGCUCAUUACGUGCAUCUGUCACCAACUCGGCACUUCACUCCCACAUAGAUGCCUGCGUCAGAAACAUCGCCAGCCUCAAGCAGGUGCUACGCAGCCUUAGUAUACAGGAUUAUGCGCUAACAGGUGGUGGGACAGAAGAGACAUGGAAAGUGUCUUCAGCCCCAGAGCUCUUCCAGGUCCAUAUUAACUUUCUGCGUGGGAAAGUGCGCCUUUUGCUCGCCAACGCACCUGUCUGCCAGCAAAAUAUUAGAUGAUUGGAGGAUGGACAGGUCAGAAACCCAACCAAUUGGAGUAGACCAUAUUAUAAGGCAGGACACUGCACCCUGGACCCUAAUGAAGUACUAAGCUGUCAAGGGCAUCAUGCUCGCCUGCAUGUUGGAAAUUGGAGCACUUUCUCACCAUGAAUGAAAAGUGGAGCAAAAUAUUUAUCUCCAAGGACACUAGAUGGCCUUAGAAUGUAGUUUUCUUCACUGGUGCCCUGACCAAAGCUGCAUAAUUAUCUCUAUGUGAUGCAGCCUGUCACUCCUUUCUCCCUAUUUGACUGACAUUUGUUAUAUUGCGAGAUGCAUCUGCAUCAAGCCUAAUCUGAUACCACUUUUAAUAAUUUUUUACAAAGUAUUUGUAUUGAUUUUAUGAUGCUUAAUAUUUAUAUAGAUUUCUACAAGCUGGAUUAUGGGUCAUGCUAUACAUUUUGAGUAUGAGGAAGCUGCUUGCUUUCUGUGUUAGCCUUUAACACCUGUAAAAAUUGACCUGCUGCUUAGUCAUAUUUAUCAUUUUCAGUAAUGCACUGAUUUUAUACUGAUUGUAUGUGUGUCUAUGUGUGUGUCUAUGUGUGUGUGUGUGUGUGUGAGAGAGAGAGAGAGAGAGAGAGAGAGAGAGAGAGAGAGAAAGAGAAAGAAAUACAGAGAGAAUAAGUAUUUAGAAAAACGUGUGUGUGAGGGCAGCACGGUGGCAUUGUGGUUAGCACUGUGGCCUCGCACGCCCAGAGUUGAGGGUUUGAGUUUUGCCUUCAGGUCGGUGUGUGUGGAGAUUGCGUGUUCUACCUGUGCUUGAUGGGUUUCCUCUGGGUUGACAUGCAGUGUAGGCUAAUUGGCGAUUCCAAAUUGCCCCUAGUGUUUGCACGAGUGUGUGUGCUUGUGCCCUGCGAUGAACUGGCACCCUGUUUAGGGCGCCCUGCGUGCCCUGGGAUAGACUCCAAGCCGUCUGCGACCCUGUAUAGGAUAAGCCUUAUGGAGAAUUAGUGAAAGUGUGUUUGUCUGAGAGAGAAUGAGAGAGAGUAGGUGAUAUCAGUGGACAGAGUGUUUACAGGUCACUUCUGGUGAGAGGAAGAGAGACCAAAUAGUUACGCUUUUGGGGGGAAACUGGUGGGUUAUGUGAGGGCUGAUGAGACUGUGUGUUGAUUAUAAGCGUCACUGGAUUCAAGUGCAAACGCACAGCACUGCACAGAGAAUGGCCAGGAAAAAUAUCCUGUUUCUGCCAGGAAAAAUAUUGAUUGGUUUGCAUGAAGAACAUCCUGCCUGGCUCCUGCUCAGUUCACAUUCUGAUGUAAUUGCCUGGGAAAUGUCUGGGUAGUUGUUUCUAAUGUUUCUCUUUGUGUUCCAGACUCGGAUGGGUCAUUCUUGUUUGUCAUCUCUAUCUUUUUUUUUUUUUUCACAAUGUUUUCGCUGUGUGGUUCGUUUUUGAUGUUUGUGAAUCAGUGCGUGAAUGUAAAGAAGGAAGUUUGUAAUACUACUUUCCUGUUUGUUACUGUUGUUUGCUUCUUUUACCAGUUGUCCAAUUUGGUUAAUAAAAUGCAAAAUAUUAUUGAAAAGUAGU